AUGGCCAGGAAAUGGCACAAGUUUGCGGCCAAGCAGAGGAAAAGGAUUUCAUUUCCAAGAAAUGGUAGUGAUGCAGACAGUUGCAGUACAUCCUCAUCCUCUAUAGUUGAAAAAGGCCAUUUUGUAGCCUAUACAAUUGAUCAAAGGCGCUAUGCAUUUCCCUUGACUUACCUUGAAAAUGAGGUCGUUAGGCAACUUUUGAACAUGUCUGAAGAAGAGCUUGGACUACCGAGUGGUGGCCCUAUUAAAUUACCCUGUGACUCAGCCUUCAUGGACUACGUCGUUUCACUAAUCAAGAAAGGUGUAGCUGCCGGAGAUCUUCACAAAGUGUUGGUCCUAUCAAUUCCUUCAUGUUGCUGUUCAACUUCUUCAGAUUCUUGUUUAUUGAGUCAUCACAUCAUGUUUUAUGAAUCUUAG